CCGUUAAAGCUUCUGAUUUUUUUUCGCCAGUAAUCCACAGUAGAUCUACAAUUUAGAGUCUAGUGUCAGUCUCAAGUCUCAGAAAAUAGAACUUCUUUCAUCCACUAAAUUAAUAUAAAAUUAAAUUCUCUUUUCAACAGCCCCAUUUGUCUUCAAGAUGGAGGUUGAAUGGCCAGGACGAUGGAACCAUUUGAAAAAGAUACUGGAGCGUAAUGGACCAUUUGCUCAUCCAGAUUUUGAACCUUCUUCUGAGAAUCUGUCGUUCGUGAAAGAUGUUUGUAAAAUCCUAGUUAUUGGUGCUGGAGGACUGGGAUGUGAGCUACUUAAAGAUUUGGCUUAUAUGGGUUUCCGAGACAUUCACGUCAUCGACAUGGACACCAUUGAUGUUUCUAACUUAAACAGACAGUUCUUAUUCAGGGCCAAAGAUGUUGGAAAGGCCAAAGCUGAAGUAGCUUCUGCUUUCAUCAAUGCCAGAGUUCCCGGAUGUAAAGUGACACCACAUUUUGCAAAAAUUCAAGAUUUUGAUGAGUCAUUUUACAGAGGUUUUCACAUUGUGGUCUGUGGUUUGGACUCGAUCAUAGCCAGACGCUGGAUCAAUGGCAUGCUGAUCAGUUUACUACAGUACGAGAACGGGGAGCUGGACCAGAGCUCUCUUAUCCCCAUGGUGGACGGUGGCACCGAGGGCUUCAAGGGCAAUGCCAGGGUCAUCUUGCCGGGCGUAUCCGCAUGUGUCGAGUGUACGCUUGGCUUUUACCCUCCUCAAGUUAACUUUCCCCUGUGCACCAUUGCUCACACUCCGCGACUGCCAGAGCACUGUAUAGAGUUUGUGAGGAUCCUGUUGUGGCCCAAGGAAGAACCAUUUGGAGCUGGCAAGCCUAUUGAUGGAGACGAUCCUCAACACAUUAAAUGGAUUCUACAAAAGUCGCAAGAGAGAGCCAAUGAGUACAAUAUUUCCGGAGUUAAUUAUAGACUGACUCAAGGUGUGGUGAAAAGAAUCAUGCCUGCUGUGGCAUCCACUAAUGCAGUCAUAUCAGCUGCCUGUGCGACAGAAGUUUUCAAGCUAGCAACCAGCUGCUAUGUCCCUCUUAACAACUACAUGAAUUUCAAUGAUACCAGUGGAGUAUACACAUACACUUUCCAGGCAGAAAAAUUGGAUGACUGUCUGGUGUGCAGCCUGAAACCUCAGACCUUGACCUUCACUGAGACAGACAAGUUGCAGGAUAUCAUCUCCCACCUACAGGAGAGUCCCUCUUAUCAGAUGAAAUCGCCCGGCAUCACGACGUGUGUUGAUGGAAAAAACAAGACGUUGUACAUGCAGACCGUCAAAUCUAUAGAGGUGAAGACGAGAGACAACUUGAAAAAAACUCUCAAAGAGUUAGGCCUGACCACUGGUCAAGAGGUGUAUGUGGCAGAUGUGACGACCCCUGUGUCCUUGACAUUCCGACUACAGCUGGGAUCUAGCAUGGACAACUCAUAAGCUCGAGAUGAAUAAACCUCUCUUAAAAGUGUCCCAUUGUCAGGGUUAGACUAGAGUGUAUCAAAAUGCAAUUUUCUCAGCACGUGUGAGUGGAUUGAUGUUUGGGUUUUUAGCUGUUUACAUCUCUUUUUUUUUAAAUUGAUGAUUUGGAAAAAGUGUAUGAAAGUUAUUAUCGGGGGGGGGGGGGGGGGGGGGGGGUUCAUGUUGUUUUCUUCUUUUCCUAAUUUUGGGUCCUAUUUCUAAUGACUUCAAGAGUGUGUAUGAAUGUUUUCAGGUUUGGGGUUGGGUUUGUUAGGUUGUUGUUUUUUUGCUGUUGUUCGUCUCUUUCUACAAUUUGGUUCAAUAGUGUGUGCAUUUGUCUUUCAAGUGAAGUAUUGUCAGGCGGUUUUGGGGAGAAGUUAAAAUAUUUGGGGUUUUUUGUUUUUGUUUUAUUGUUUGAGAGAAUAUGUCCAUUUGCAGUAUGUGUCACCAUAUUUUUCUUUUUUUUUUUGGUAUGACUUAUUUGUUUUUUUUCUAUCAUUUCCCAAACUGUAAAAGUGUUUUACAGUGAAUAUUGCGCUUUCUGUGCCUUUUCCCUUCUUUUGCUAUAAAGUGUCACUAAUGUAGGUUAAUCUGUGGUGUAAUUAAUAGAUAUGCUCUUUGCUGUUGCUCGCAACAGACAUCAGUUCAAUUCUCAUGUGAGAAAGUAUGUUAUCGCGUAACUCCAUCUUUUUGCUGAAAAACUGUAUCCAGCCUUGACUCGCUGUCCAUUUAGUCUGCAUAUUUGAAGGAGCAGCCCCUAUCCCUUAAGUAACCUAAAUUGUUUUGAGGAGAACCUUAAACAUUUGCAAUCAUUAUUUUAAGCCUUGGCAUUAUCUUAUUGAGGUUCACAGUAUUCCCCUUUGCAUCUGCUGUACAUUAAGAGGAUCACCCCUUGCCUGACUUUGUAAGACAUGCCUUAAAGUGCCGUCCAGCCAUUAAAGCUAAUGAGUGUUUAGAGUGAGAGGACCUCGGGGAAAAUUAAGACUCGUUUUGCAUGCAAAUUUUCAAACACAAAUCGACUGCUCAGUUUAAAACUCUAUCAUUCGUCACUUUUUUAAAAUGGCAUAUGGAGGAAGUCUUACACAAAGUAGUGGAAAUGAAGACAGGUAACAAGAGGUCUAAUCAGUAGCAGAGAAAGGUCUGCCAACAGUUUUAUAAAUAAAGAAUUAUUUUCAAGGUUCAAAGUUCAAGAACUAAUCACAUCUGUGUAUGUUCUCGUUUGGCAGUAAUGCUGUUUUCAGUUUCGUUAUAUCGAUGUUUAUCUGUUAAAUACAGUAUUUUCGGUCUGUAAAAUAUUGUACGUUUGUAUGGUAAUCUUGUGCGUUUUGUCAUUUCUGGAAUGCCAUACCUAUGAUCCCUGAUGCCAUAUUUAUAUGAUUGUCACAACUUUUUUUUCCAUCUUUGAUUCUUGUCUACUUUUGUUUUAACUGUCUGCCAUCUUUCUUUAUUGUCUAUUUCAAUGCAUGUGUGUGUGUGUCCAUUAUGUUGAGGGUUCAUAAACUUGAGGGUAGUUAUAUUUUAAGAACUUGACCCCACUGCCAUCAUAGCCGUUCACUAUCUCAGAAUUACAAAGUUCUAUCUAACAUUUUUGGCUAUUUUGAGUUACUAAGACCAUGAGGUCAGAGACCAAAUGUUCUAUUAGCUCUAUCAAAAUUGUUACAUUAUUCGGAGUUGUAAAGAUGUAACAAAGAAUUGCAUUCCAAAAAGCUUGACAUGAUGUGAAACUCAAAAUCUUUUACUACGUCAAAUUUCUCAAAAACUAGUUACUGAGCAGAGAACGUUUUAAUUCUGAGAUGGCAAGUUGUCAAACUCAGUUCCUGAGAUGUUCUUGAGAUGAUAUCAGACAUGCAAACACUAUACUAUAUUGUGCCUGUUGUGAGAAAAAUGAAAAAUUCGAAUGUUGGUUUUUUUCACCCUGUGUAAAGCAAGAUCAAGCAGAAUUAUUCAUUUUCCUUGUAAACACCACAUGUAUAUCAGGUAGUAUUCGGAAGUACCGUUCAAUUUUAAAUUUAUUGAAAGAAGUGUAUAUUUUUUCGUCCAUCAACCUGUAAAGUGAGCUCUCUCUUGUGUUUUAUCAAUAAAUUGAUGAGCGUAUAAAUAAAUCCUCAUAAAAGUUUUA